AUGCAGCGAUGGCCGAAACUGUCUCAUUUGGAAGAUGGUUCCCAUGUCGACUCAUAUCAAUUCCUUUUUGAGUCAGAGAUGCCUUCUGAUGUCAGUAUGACCUAUAAACCGCACCAAAAACGAUCUAAAAUCUCAGUGCUGUUCAAUCUGAUCAAAAGGGCCAGAGAAAAGGAAAAGGAGCCGGUUGAUUUGAAUCAAAGAGAGACGGAAAUCAUUUCAGAGGUGUUCAGAUGUCAUUCCGUACUUCCUACACUCCAUUCCGUCCAGUUCGAUGACAACGACAGCAGUAUUUUUGAAGAGAAGAGGUAAUUCUAACUUUUUUUUAUUGUUUUAGGUAAACGUAAAGUAAAAUUUGUCUGGAUUGGUGUGAAUCUGCAAAACCGUGAAAGAACAUGCCCGGAUUUUGCUUUUAUAUUUCAAUUCGAAGAUAAUUGGGGCCACAGUGGGUGUUCGGGAAAUUCUUUUUACAAGGAAAGUACUUUUAUGGGGGCUCCUACUUUUUGACGGGACAUAUCUCAAAAAAUCAGAAAAAAUGUGCUGAUCAAGAAUAUAUAGAUCUUAGCUGCCCAUUUUAGGUUUUUAGGGGUGAAAACUGAGUCGGAAGUUGACUUAAAGUCCUAUAUGAACCCCUUUUCGCUUAAUUUUUUCAAAGGUUUACAAUUUUUAUUUUGGCUUAAAAUGGUGUUUAUUGAGUUUCUAAGACGUAAUAAGACAGUCUUGGCCCAAAAAUUUAUUUUUCCGACCUUCAACUUCAAAAAAGUUGAUUCAGCCCAAAAGGGAAAUCGAACCUGUGCGGCGUCCCCCCUCUUGAUUCCCAGACUACGGCACUAACCACUCGGCCACACCGCUCUCUUCCGAAGGAAGAGAUCGAGUGCUCUUUUUAUCGUUUCGAAUGUCUGCCUUUUGUAGGGAAAUUAAACCAGUUUUUGGGCAUUUUCACCCUUAAAAACCUAAAAUGGGCAGCUAAGAUUUAUAUAUCCUUGAUCAGCGCAUUUUUUCUGAUUUUUUGAGAUAUGUCCCGUCAAAAAGUAGGAGCCCCCAUAAAAGUACUUUCCUUGUUAUAUGUGUUAUGUAAAUUGACUUUUUCUCCAACUUGAGCUCUUUUUCUUGAAAAAAUUGUAAUAUUUUCCGUUUCAGUGGAUCCGUUAAACGUCACAAAUUGCAAAACAAAAGUUUGAUCUCGCACAACUCGAGUGACUCCGACCAAUUUGUGGAGGAUUCGGUCUACUUCGAGGAUGAAAUCCCUUUCGGUGCCCAGUCUGUGUUCGACAGACGUUCCGGUACUUAUCAUCCAUUGUCUAGAGGGAGUAUGCCUGUUAUGACCAACGAAAUGAGCAAUGUGAUCGACCGGUCGAGGUGUAAAAGUGCGCCGAAAGAAGGUGGGUAAUAUACUGUAAUAUACUUUGAUGAAAAUGUAUGUGUAAUGGUGGAAGUAUACCAUAGACCAUUAUAGGAGGUGUGAGAGCAUAAUUGGUAUAACUGAGACGUAAUUUGUUUUGUUUUGAUGCGUCAAAUUUAUAUUAUGGUAGGUCUUCCGUAAGGUUUAGCUCAAAAAAUGUGACGUAAUAAACAAAUAUUUGUGAAUAGGAACUUGUAAUCCGAACCUAGCCCCGCAGAAGUAUAAUAGAGUCUUUUUUAGUGCCGUAUUUUACCCAUAAAGGUUUCUUCUUCAACCAUGUUAAUUACUCUCUUUUUGUUUUGUUAUAGUACACAACCCACCCAUGAAAUUCAUCGGUUUCAUCUGCUAAUUCAGAUAUUAAUGCUUUUCAUAUGCCUCAAACCCAUAAAAUCUGGCCUUACCCGAUCUAAUUCUCAAAUUGGAGUCCUCCCGAACAGCAAUUUUUGUUUGCCCUGAGGGCUUGUGAGUCAAGAAUGAUGCAGAAAUGGAGAGAAGACUGCUGAAUUUGCUGUGAAAAUAUUUUUUAAACGUCAGGAAAGGUCGGGGAACUGCUUUAGGGGAUUUGUAACAAAUUUGGAGGGGAUUUUUGAGAUUUUUAACGAAAUUUGAAUUUAUUUUUGGAUGUUCUUAAGGAUUUUGUUAUCUAAAAUGGAUUUUGUAUCUUGGUUCUCUUACCUUUGUAUUACGAGAAUUUGAAGAGGGCUUUAAAGUGUUUGCAAAAAACUGUUUUGGUAGCUAUGAAGACAUGAAUAAUAUAAUUUUAAAGUUAUAAUUUUCGGCGAAGUUCUUUUUUUCUAUUCUAAAAUAAUCUUGUACUUUAGUUCACGACCUCAGUCUCAGCUCUACUCAGCCAUCCGACAUCACAUAUCCGUCUCUAAACUCGACCCAAUCCUCCGCAAAAACAGCUCUAGACCGGACACAAUCUAGUGUAGAUACCGCGAUUUUAUGGCUAGAUGAGCAGAAUGAGUCGAGCAGAUCAAGACUAAGCCCUCAUCGGUCCUUCUUAUCAUUGGACCGCACCCAAUCAAGUCGAAAUAAUUCUCUGGCCGUCGAUCAGACACAAGAGAGCCCAAGAAAUCGUUAUUCCGCGUCGGCCGACCGUUCGGCCUCGUUUGAAUCCGAAUAUUCCGCCGAAGAAGAAUGGUCCCCACCUCCAAAUCAAUAUUAUUCAGUGGAUUCGGAGAGAUUAUCAGAGUAAGAGAACCUUUUCUUAAACCAAUGGAGGAUUUGCCUAGUGUAAUAUAAAAGAUGGCAUAAUUUCAGGUUUAAAACCCCGAGUGUGAGGAAACAGUUUGUCAGACGAUCAAAGAGAUCGAGAAGUUACAAGAAAAACAAAAGAAAGCUCCGAAUCAAAGCCGCGGAAUCCGUGGAUGAGAUGUGUUUCGCAGAAAUUGAAAAGGAUUCCAAGAGGAAAGGGUCGAAGCCGAAGGUCGGAUUCUUCACCAAUCUGGCCAACAAUAUCAGGUUUGUUAUUUUGGAGAGUUUUUGAGUCUGUUGAUCUUCAAACAUUGAAAUUAUUUCCGAUUUUUCCUACUUCAUCCCCAUGGAUAAUAUAAAAUAUGUUAAAAGAUCGUUUUGUGUCCAAAAAUAACUGGCUUGAGUCAUGUCCAAGAGUCAAAAUGAAACGCGAUGGAAUAAUGAGGGGGUGAAUAAGAGAUAAUUAGCAUAAAAGUAUUUUAUUUUCAAUAAAUCGAAUCUUUAUGGCCUCAAAAAAACCUCAGGGCUUCUCGAUUAUAAUAAUACGGGCCUCGAAGGGAUUCUAUAUGACCGAGAGAGGAAAGAUUGUAUUUCUAUUCGGACAGUCUUUUAUGUUAUGUUUAGUUGUUGCACCAGAAGGAGAAGAAGCAGGUAUGAGAGGUGGAUCUGGAUGGAAUUUUAAUAGAUAGGGUUCCUAAAGAUGAUGGGGAAGAUCGGGACUAGUAUGUAUUGAGGCUCUCAUGGAGUUUGGACUGCUCUUUGGGGCGUUUUUAACAAAAAAAAGUUUCUUUUGUAGGAGUCGAGACCCUCUGAAACAGAUACGCGAACGACGAAAGAAAAGUCUCCAGUUACCUCCGAAGCCAAGUAAUGUCCAAAGUAAAAGGAAAUUGUUUUCAAAAACGGUAAGUAAUUCGAGUUUAUUUAGACAGUUUUAUAUCCAAAUAUUUUCAGAAAAGUCUCAACGAAGACGAGAAUAAUUUGAUGUCGGUUACAGCGACAAAAUCAAGUGCUCUGAGUUGUAUUAAGAACGCCAUCCACACUAUGGUAAGGGAGAUAUUGUUUUGGACCAGAAAUAAUAAAAUUGGAACACUGGAUUAUUAGGUAUUGGAGGUGUGAGUAGAAGAUGCAAGUGUGAUGGGCGCAGGGAUACACAAUGUAGAAUUUUGUAUAUAAUUUAGAAGUAAGCAUAAAAGUAGCACGUUAAUCAUGAAAAUGUUUUAUUAACUGUCAGCAAAAUUCACCUGGAAACUGCAGAAGUAAUGUUUGGGUUAAUUUUUUAGUUUUGUUUUUAGUUAAGUGUAUAUGUGUUUGGAAUGUGUUAAUUUUGCUGUAGAAGUUUUGGGGUUUCAGCUGUUUUUAUUAUUCUUCUCCGCUUUUUUGGUCGUUUUUCUGACAGUCAAGAGGCUAUAAAUGCCCCUGGGGUAGUUCCGUUUCUAGCUGACUUGUUUACUCAUUAUAAUGUGUUGGCAGUCUGAAAUUUGAAAUUAAAAUUGGGUUUUACGUUUUUUGGUGGAACAAUAGAAGGGCAUUCUUCAUUUUUUGGGUAUUUGCAGACUCCUCGAUAGAAAUAUUCAACGGUCUUCACAAAAGGACCGAAAUAUUGUAGAUUUUUGAAAAAAACGGGGUUUUAACUAAAAAAUAUGCUUUUGUUAUCUCUGACGUACUUUUGUUGUACUAGGUCAUAGGUAAUAAGUCAAAAAAUUCUCAAAAAAUUACAGUACAGAUUGGGUGUUUUGUAUGUAAUCGAAAAUAUUGGUCUUUCUGCUUGCCUAGUAUUAUAUAUUUGAAUUGAAAAAACACCCCAAAUCCCCUCUAAAACGAUUGCCCCGCUUUCCGCAUGAUCAAAUGCAAAUAUUCUUAUUUGUUUUGCUCCUGGAAAUAAUCAUAUUCGAGCCGAGUCCAUAGUAAUUUCAACUGUUUUUCCCUUUUACUAUUCGUUUUUUACUGUUAAGAGAGUACUGUAACGGUGAGAUUUGAGCUGACAGUCCACUAGAUGGAAAUACUUUUGACUCGGAAAGUAGUCUAGGGAUGAUAGAGCUCGGUUUGUGUUGCUGAGUGUUUGAUUGGUUGAUUAAUGCUCCGUCGUCUCCGCCGCCAUCCCGGAGAUCAGCCGCCUUUGCUGACUGCUGAGGGUGACGUCAUCUUCACGGAAAAGCAUAAAGUUGAAGAGGAGGUAAAGUGAAAUGGUCUCUGAAAUACUCAAAAUGUGGUUUGAAUUACAUGUAGUGUCUAGAAAAUCAAUGUGUUUGUUUGAUUUUUUUUAUUUAUAUUAUCCUUUCAGGAAGAGGACGCCGAAGGAGAUUUUGUCACAUUUCGCCUCAAAAUCCGGAUCCGAGAAGGUCAUGGGCUUGUCAUUCGUGACGCCUCAGGCUCCUCUGACCCUUAUGUGAGAGUAAAAUACAAUGGAAGGAACAUUUACAAGACCAAUACGAUCUAUAAAAAUCUAAACCCCCAAUGGGACGAGGAAUUCGCUUUCCUCAUUGAUGAUCCCACUCGACCAGUCGAAUUUGAAGUUUAUGAUUACGACCGGUUUAUGUCCGAUGAUUUCAUGGGAGGGGCAAAGGUUGAAUUGGCAUUGUUGAAACUAUUUCAGUGAGUUUUUCGUAUUAUCUAUGAGAUUUUUGGGAUUUAGAGAUUCUGAACACAAAUUAAUCCUUGAACCAAGGGAUAACAGCGACGAUUAUUUGGGAUUCAUCAACGUCUCUGUGAAUUUGACGCCAUUGACACAAAAACAACGAGAAGUUGUAAGAAAUUUGAGAUUUUGGAUAGGGGGUCUAGUGUAAUAUAAAAGUGGACAUAAAAUUUUGUUUUUUAGUUUCUCCAAAGAGCAACUCGUGGUGUUAUCAAUGAAAAUGUAAAAAGAAAUACAAAAACAGCGUCGAUGUGGAUUUCCGCCGUCAAUUUAAUCUUAAUUGAGGCCAGAUUGGACAAGGCCAAGAUCUCGGCCUCUCAAGUAAAUGGCCAGGCGAAGGAUGAUGAGAAACCACUCAAGAUAUGUCCUAUCACGCCUCCGGAUGUCCAAGCCAAAAUAAAAUUGGGCUCAGAGAAGGUGAAAAGCAAAGUGGCCACCAAAACUUUUGAACCAAAAUGGAUGGAAUCCUUUGAUCUCCAUGUUUUUGACGCCAACAAUCAGGUUCUGGACAUCAUGCUGAGGGAUAAUAACAAGACUGUUGGAAAGUAAGCGUCGGGUUUGUAUUUUUUAGCUCUUUUUUAGGGUUUUUUGAUUAUCAAAUUAAAAUUUUGUCGUUUUUUGCGUUUUGUUGCUAGUUUGUGAAAAAGAAACCGGAUUUUUAAAAAUUACUGUUUAGACUUUCCGUUGACCUCAAGAGUUAUCCCCAGAACCUCUCGACCGAACGAUGGUUCGACUUGGAAAACGGAGCUGGCGAGAUAUUAUUGGUGAUUACAAUAUCAAAAAACUCCUGUUAUCAGGCCGAAACUAUGAGAGAGAGCAUGGCCAUCGAGCGGAAUAACAUCCUCAGUAAAUAUGUAGGCGGUUUUUGUAAUCUGAUAAUGGAAAAGAAAUACUUUUAUACAUUGGUGAUCAGAACAAGGUUUAAUUUUUUGUUUUAGUCCAUCUCGAAUUCUUUCAAAGAUGUGGUCGAUAUUGGCCAUCUUGUCGUCAAAGGUAAGUUGAAUGGUGAAAGCGCGAUUAAGGAUAUUGCUUUAGUGUAUAAAGCCGAAGGUUUGGCAAGUGCUGAUCUCGGUGGAAAGUCGGAUCCCUUUUGUGUCCUCGAACUGGUCAAUGCCCGGCUUCAAACCCAUACGGAGUACAAAACGUUGCACCCCAAUUGGCAGAAGUUGUUCACAUUGUAAGGGGUUAUCAAAUAUAAUAUGACUGAUGACAUGGAUAAUAUAAUUUUUACUUUUCAGUUCGGUCAAGGACAUCCAUGAAGUCCUGGAAGUGACUGUCUAUGACGAAGACCCUAAUAACAAAGUGGAAUUCCUUGGAAAAGUUGCAAUUCCUUUGCUGAAGAUCCGAAAUUGUGAGCGGAGAUGGUAUUGCCUGAAAGAUCGAAAGCUUCAAACUCAAGUGAAAGGGAGAAUUCUACUGGAGAUGGACGUAAUUUGGAACCCUGUGAAAGCCGCGAUAAGAACUUUCAACCCAAGAGAGAGGAAAUUCAUCGCUCAGGAGCCCAAAUUCAAAAGGGCGACACUAGUGCAGAAUGUAAAUAGGCUCAGGGAAUUCUGGAGGACUGUCGGGGAAUACCGUGCGUAUAUGCAGAGUUGUUUGGAUUGGGAGAGCACGCAGAGAAGUUUAACUGCCAUGACGGUGAGUUCAGAGUUUGGAGAUUUUUAUAUUGUAGUGGACACAAAUAGAUUAUGAUUGAUUUUUUUUGGUCUAUUUAUUGCGCCUUAUGGGUUUUUAUGAGUGUGAAAAAGCUCCUUCUAAUAGCUGAGGGUAUUUUUGGACAAAGUUUAAUUUAUUUUAAACGAUAUUUGUUUUUUUUUAGAUUUUCAUGCUGUUUGUCUAUUUCGUCGAAAUCUAUCAUAUCCCUCUCCUGCUUCUUGGAAUCUUUGCUCGAUGCCAUCUGUAUAAGAAGGUCGGCGGGUCCUUUGAAAACCGAUUCUUUCGUCAACGAUCCACGGACACAGAGAUCAGCGCUGCCAAUUUGGCGGAUAAUGUUGACGAGGAGUCGGAUGACAAUUUGGAUGGCCCUUCGGUAAGAUUUUUGAUACCUUAGUGUGAUUUGAUGUGGUAGUGAGAUUGGUAUUUUAAAAUACGAGGUCUUCUAAAGUGUUUUUAUUAGUGUGGAGAUUGAAAUUAUUAUUUUUUUAUAUUGUUUUAUAUAUUUUGUGACCCCUUGGUAUUUUUAUUGUUUUGUGAUGUGAUUUUAGCGAUCCAACUCGAGAGACAAGGACAAACCGAAAGAACAGGUGGGCUACUUUGUAUUUUAGUUUGUUUUGGCUUUUUUUUGACGUGAAGUUGCAUGUUUGUAACCUAAUUUUUAAGUCGAUUUUCCAUAGCACAGCAUUCCGAAUUAUUUUUGCCGCCGACCGGCGUCCGAAAAAAUGAAAAAAUGAGAUUUGCCUCUUACAUUUUUGCCAAUAUCUCGCUAGCCUCGAAGUGUAACGCGAAUCUGAAAAUUGCGUUUACAAGCUGACACAUUUGCCCUUCAGAAUAUAUUAAUUUUGUAAUGAUACUUAUUAUGUACGACAAGGAAACCAUUGCUGAAAAAUGGCAAAUUUCAACAUUCAAUGCCAGAAAAAUGUACUUUCUAAGUGCCAGAUCACAAAGUUAUGGGCUUCAUUGUAUACAGCAUCUUGAAUACUAUAAGAUAAAACAAUUUCAAGCAUUUUCUGGCCCGAUUCGCAGAGUUAUAACCGAAAAACUGCAAUUUUGGCCUUCUUAUUGAGCUAUCUGCACUUUAAAAGUAGAUACAAAAAAAACAUUUCUAUGAUUUUUGUUGCCUAGGUUGUGAUGGACUACUGUGCAAAAUCUCAGCUUUCCAGGACUCCUCCGAAAAAAGUUAUAACGGUUACAAUAUGUGACCCUUGUAUGCCCAAUAUUCUGUAAAUUACAGCAAACCAUGGUAAAAAAUAGCUCUAUAUGACCUAUGUAAACUUACUCGAAACCUAAACACUGCCUCACAGAGUUUUCCGCACAAGAGACACGAUUUCAAGUUUUCGCUAUACUAAAGCGAAAAGAGUGAAAAGUUGGGGCAUAGCUGGGAAAUUUUUUAAUGUGGUUGAGCGUGUAUUUACGGUAAAAUUUUUAAACUCCGACCAACGCAGCGGCAAAAAUAGGAAUUCCAUCAUACAAAGCCAUCUUGCACCGUAGUUUACCGUAUUUUACAAAAUAUUGGGCAUACAAGGGUCACAUAUUGUAACCGUUAUAACUUUCUUCGGAGGAGUCCUGGAAAGCUAAGAUUUUGCACAGUGGUCCAUCACAAGCUGGGCAACAAAAAUCAUAGAAAUGUUUUUUUGCAUGUACUUUUAAAGUGCAGAUAGCUCAAUAAGAAGGCCAAAAUUGCAGUUUUUCGGCUAUAACUCUGCGAAUCGGGCCAGAAAAUGCCUGAAAUUGUUAUAUCUUAUAGUGUUCAAGAUGCUGUAUACAAUGAAGCCCAUAACUUUGUGAUCUGGCACUUAGAAAGUACAUUUUUCUGGCAUUGAAUGUUGAAAUUUGCCAUUUUUCAGCAAUGGUUUCCUUGUCGUACAUAAUAAGUAUCAUUACAAAAUUAAUAUAUUCUGAAGGGCAAAUGUGUCAGCUUGUUAACGCAAUUUUCAGAUUCGCGUUACACUUCGAGGCUAGCGAGAUAUUGGCAAAAAUGUAAGAGGCAAAUCUCAUUUUUUCAUUUUUUCGGACUCCGGUCGGCGGCAAAAAUAAUUCGGAAUGCUGUGCAUAGCUCAAGAGUAAUAAAAAGUUUGUAAUUUUUAGGGUGAAAAAAGUCAAACACUGAGAGGUCGAAUCAACCAGAUCACAGAUACCCUGGCGGUUGUCCAGAAUUCCAUGGAUUUUGUCGCGUCGCUACUGGAAAGAAUCAGAAAGUAAGUGGGAUUACUGUAACUGAUUAAAUUACAAUUUUAGCACGUUCAACUUCACAGUCCCAUAUCUCUCAUAUCUCGCCAUAUUUGUGCUGUCAGUAGCAACUGUAUUACUGUAUUUUAUCCCGUUGCGAUGGCUUGUUAUGAUUUGGGGUGAGUAAUUUUAACGGGAAGAAAUAUUGCUUUAGGCUUGAACAAGUUCACGAAGAGACUUCGGAAACCUCAUUAUGUGGAAAACAAUGAACUCCUGGACUUUUUGUCGAGAGUUCCAUGCGAUGCGGAUUUGGUAGGUUGAAUUUUUGGCGACGCACUGUGCGAAACGAAACUUUACUUGCACAGUGCAACUUUUCAUCAUAUUUUUUAUUUUAUCCAUGUUCCAGAAGGCCUUCCGCGAGCCCAAAUCCAAUUGUGAAGAAACAGCUCCCCUCCCACCGGUCACAAACUCAAAUGGAACUGUAAAAACUGAUAAUAAUAAUGAUAAAGCCUACGAAAAAGCAUAA